UAUCAUCACAAAAUCACAUCUCUUCCUUGAUCAUAGAAGCUGAAAGAGAGAAAGAUUUCCAUCUCAUUCUUCAGAAAAUGAAGAAUCAGAUACUUGACAAGUCAUUGGAGUUCCAAUGAAAUCAGCAUUGUAUCAAAUUGAGAGAACGCCAAGACGAUACUUACCAGACGCAGCUGGCCAGUACCGUAUUCCACCAGCUGCUGAAGGGUCUAACAAAUUUAUAAAAGGCAAAGGAAAUUUGAUGAAAAAACUUGGGAAGAAAGCUGAUACUUUCGCACAUGGAGUCAGGGAACAUGUGAGAUCGGGACCAAAGAUCAGUGAAACUCUGAAGAGAAAGUUUAGUUUGGGAGAAAGAAUUCUUCAAGUUGGAGGGAUGGAUAAGAUAUUCAAACAAUUAUUUAGUAUCAAAGAAGGAGAGAUGCUGUUGAAGGCAUGCCAAUGCUAUUUAUCAACAACAGCAGGUCCUAUAGCUGGUUUACUUUUCAUCUCAUCUCAAAAGGUUGCCUUUUGCAGUGACAGAGCGAUCAAGAUCCCGAAUGGCGAAUUCCUCAGAGUCCAUUACAAGGUUUUGAUUCCACUUGAGAAAAUAAAGGUGCUUAAUGAGAGCGAAAACAUGAAGAAACCAUCACAGAAGUACAUGGAGAUUGUGACGGUAGAUGAUUUCGAGUUCUCGUUUAUGGGGUUCUUGAAUUACCAGAAAGCUUUCAAAUACCUUCAGCAAGCAAUCUCCCAAAGACUAAUGCAUGAUGUACUACAAGUCACUUUCUAGGUGGCUUAC